AUGGCUUCACGAGAUGCCCUGGAGUUCCCGGAAUCAGACAGGGGUUUUCUAGAGCCUCAACUGCCACCUCAAGAUGGCUCAACCCCGCGUCCAGAUAUGCCUUUCACAACUCUUACAUUCGCAACAUCACUGGAUUCCUCCUUGGCUAUAUCUCCAGGAACACGGACAGUUCUUUCAGGCCCUCAGUCAAAAGCCAUGACUCACUAUCUACGGUCUCGGCACGAUGGAAUUCUCAUCGGUGUCGGAACUGCUCUGGCAGAUGACCCCGGUCUCAAUUGUCGCCUCACUGGUGUCGGAGGCUAUGGAAAAGAGGGUCUAGAAGGCCAACCACGACCAAUUGUGAUUGAUCCAAGUGCUCGGUGGGAUUUUUCCGACGACAGCAAGCUGUUUCAGCUUUGCAGACAGGGCCGCGGUCUAGCACCCUGGAUCGUGACCUCGCUGCCAGAGCCGCCCGCCCAAAAGAAGGAAAAGCUGGAACAAUAUGGGGGAAGAUUUCUCCAAUUAAAAAUGGUGACCUUAGAUGAUGGCCAGCACCGAAUCGAUUGGUGCGACCUUCUCAAAAUGCUUCAUAUCAAUGGCCUUAAAAGUGUUAUGAUUGAAGGUGGCGCACAAGUGAUCAACUCGUUACUUGAACCGCAAUCGAUGUCCUUGAUCGAUCGAGUCAUCGUCACUAUUGCGCCUACGUGGCUUGGACAAGGUGGUGUCGUCGUGUCCCCCCCUCGGCGCUUUGAUGGAGAAGGCAACGCGAUCUCCGCUGCACGCUUGAAGAAUGUCCGGUGGUAUCCCUUCGGGGAGGACGUUGUCCUUUGUGGACAAGUGCGAAUCUGA